AUGUCAGGCCUUCCAACAGCCGGUGCACCGACAGAGCUCCCCUCGCAGGAGCAUCGCCGCCAUCGCGGCCCGCUCAACUGGCACAUUCGUCCCGCCUCUCGCGGUCCCCUUCGCCUUGCCGUCAAGAAUACGUUCGUGGCGAUGGUGGGAGAUGUCGCCAACAUUCCCACGACCAGUGUGACUGGUGCGACGACAGCUGGUCAAGAUGGAACGGCGGCGUCUGCGCCCAACACCUCGAAUCUCCUCUACAUCGCCCUCAGCUUCGGUUUCUCCCUCGCCGUAAACGCCUGGAUCUUCUUUCGCGUGUCUGGUGGUCUGUUCAAUCCGGCGGUGUCGUUGGGCAUGGCCAUCGCUGGCGCCCUCACACCUCUCCGGGCUAUCUUCCUCACCAUCUCGCAAAUCCUCGGCGGGAUCGUCGGCGCCGCGAUCAUUCAAGCGCUCCUGCCGGGGACGCUCAACGUCGCGACGAAGCUCUCGCCUGGAACGUCCGUUGCGAGGGGCUUGUUCCUUGAGAUGUUCCUCACCGCGCUGCUCAUGCUCGCUAUCCUUCUCCUGGCGGCCGAGAAGCACAAGGCGACUUUCCUUGCUCCGAUCGGCAUCGGUCUCGCACUCUUUGUCGCUGAGCUGGUAGGAGUCUACUACACCGGCGGAUCGCUCAACCCGGCGCGCAGCUUCGGUCCUGCGGUAGUUUUGCGGAGCUUCGACGGAUAUCACUGGAUCUACUGGGUCGGACCGUUCCUCGGCACUUUGCUCGCCGCCGGGUUCUACAAGUUCAUCAAAUACCUCGAGUACGAGACCGUGCUCGGCCCCGAGGAGCCCGACACGCCUUCACCCUCCUCUUCGAACAACCAGAACGAGAAGACCGACAAGGCGGCCCUCGGGCGGAAUCUCGUCGCUCCUUCCGCCACCCUCCUCGGGUCGACCGCUGCGGGCGCCUCAGGCUCGACUCGGGCUACCCCAACCGCCGCUACGACCUCGAUGGGCGAGAAGGAGGUCCACCCAGCCGACCAGAAGGGCACUGUCGCCGUCCAAGGACCAGGUCUUCCCGACUUGCUCACGACCGGACCGGCGGGCGGAGUCUUCGACCUACCUCAGCCGCCUUACGACUACCGCACUCGACUCGAACGGAUUGAAUCGCUUCUCGAGACGCUAAUUGCUGGAGCGGGCGCGCAUGGGAGGAAGGUAUCGACGGAGGGAACGGUCGUCGAGACGGGGCGUGAGUGGCACAAGGUCAACGACUCGCCCGUCUAA